AUCCGUCCCACCGCUGCUAGCCACUCGCAUCAUCCACCUGCACGCAUCUACGGCCCGUUCGGUGUGUCUGUCUAUCGGUCUUCGGUCGGGCGCCUUCCGCUUCCUGACGGCCCCAUGGCGAUCAGCCCCGUCGCCCUCGCUUUUGCUGUCCUCGGUAUCGUUGCCCGCCUCUCCCUCUCCCUCUCCCUCCCCGCUGCUAUGGCAGCUCUUGCGCUUGCCGGGCCGCUGUUGCUGCUUGCAGAUGUGUUGGUCUGAAUGAAUAAGAUGACGCAGAAUGGAAAGAUGGAAAGAUGGAUGGAUGGACAGAGACAUAAAUCUUCUUGCGCACUCAUUAUCCAUGUCCACCCCUCCCACCCACCCACCGGCUGGCUUGGCUGCUGUUGGCCGGAGGCCUCCUUCGGUGGGGCGGGUCUGGGGACCACAAAGCCCUAACGACAAAGACAGACAGACAGACAGACGGACAGACAGACCGACAGACAGACAGACAAGGGGAGUCUGUCACUUCGUCGGUCGGCUGCAUUGUCCGUGAGGGCAUGUGUGCAUCUUCUUUCUUCCUUGCUUCCUUCCUUCCUUCCUUACCGCGUCGGUCACCCACUCCUGAAGGCCUUUCUGGUGCUCGGUCUCCUCCACACAGCCGUCCAACCUGCACACAUGCGCAAAGGAAGACAGAUGCUCUCUCUCUCUCUCUCUCAUUGGCGUGUCUCCACUUGCUUACAGGCUGACUAUGGCGGCCAUGCGAUCUUUGAUGCCUUCGUACACGGCGACCUCGAGCUUCCCGAAGGGCAGUUCGUCAACCGUAGCGAACAGCCUUCUCAGCCCACCAAAGACCCCCUCACGGAUGGAUUCUGUGCGCAUGCGGAAACACACACGUAACACGUGUUGAUUGAUCCCCUCACUCAUACACACAUCUCUCUCUCUCUCUCUGUCUCUCUCACCCACCGGGCAUCAUGUUGGCGACCUCCCUGCGCCAUCUGGCCUCCAUCGCGUAGCGGGUCUGGACGAAACGCUCGACGGCGUCCGUGACCUCAUUGUCGUCCCACCCCACCAGGAGGGAGGGUACUUGGCCAAGGUCGCCUUGAGCAGCUUCGCGCCCUGGUAUGGCGCCCAGCCAGUGCGCGCGUUGGUGCUGAGGAGGCUGAGCACAAACCGCACGCUCAUCGAGAGGUCAUCCCUAAGGAGGGAAGGACAGAAUUGGGACAGAAGGGAGGAAAGAGACAAGGAAGAGGAACACGAGAUAUGCAUGCAUCGGUCGUGUUUGCACUGGCUAAGUGCCUGACGGACCUGCGCGAUAGCUGGCGGCCAUUGAAGCUCUGGAAGCUCGCGAAGGCCAGAGUGCCACGCAUCGUGUGGCGUCUGCUGACCCGGUGUCGCUCCGUCUGCCCCGGCUGCUGGACGAGCGCCUGCGAGCGACUGAAGUCGAUCAGCAGAGCACGAAACGGGCUCUGACACCCGACACAGGGGGAGAAAGGCGUGCAUGCAUCAAGCAUGCAUCAAGCAUGCAUCGGUUUCCUUCAUCUCUGUCAAAACACACCUACCCUGUGCGGGAACAUGAUGUUCCCCCAGUUGUGGUCCAGGUGCAGCACCUCGGCGGCGUGGAGCUCCUCGAGGUCAGUUACCUGCAUUGCAUGCAAUCAGAUAGAUGGGUGGACCUGAUCAAUAUACUCGUGCAUGCAAUCGUACCACAUCGAUGGCCGUCUGCAAGAUGGCUGUCUGCAAGAUGGCCGUGAGGGGUGUGGGCAGGCCAGUCUUGCCGCUGUAUCCCUGCGUCACCGUCAGGAGGUCGCACUGCAGCUUCUCGAAGAGCGGCAGUGGCCUCUCUCGCCCUCCGCGCACCAUCACGCUAGCCACCCCUAUCAGCCGUGGCACUGGCAGCACCGCUCCCCUCUCCUUGGACCCCUCCCACACUGCCCUCACCCUUUUGGCCUCCAGGACGAUUUCCGCGUCUUUCGCCUCGUGGAGGGCCAUCUUGCCGACGGCUUUUGCUGCGGGGCGGGCCACAUUGGCCAGAAGAGUGCAGCUGCCGUCGGCGCCGCUCCUCAGGGUCUUUUCUGGCCGGUAGGCCGUCAUCAUCCUGUCUCCCCCUGGCCGUGUGGUCUGCAGCGUCACCCUGCUGCAGAGGUAGGGGUACGGCACGGAAGGCGGCGGUUCUGGCGAGCCGUCUGGUGGCGGCGGGCUCUGCAUGGCUGGAUGGGGGGUGGACACACUUGUUCGAAAGCGCUCUCUCAGAUGUGGCGAGAACGGCGCUUGGAAGGCUCAAUAUUGAGGCGGAGGACUUUUGCG